UUCUCACCCUCCUCCCUCCAAGUGUUCCUGCCAGCCGCUGCCACUGCUACCGUAUCAGCAUCAAUAGCAUAUCAACACAUCCAUACCCAUACUCAGGUAACCUAUCCACACACCCAAUCGAUCCGAGACCAGACGCCGUUCCUGUCUGCUGCGUCACCACAUUACCCCAGACCCCGCAUAUCCACCCCUGCUCAUCCUCCACAGCUACCUUGGCCGAUGGAUUUCUUCCAGGCAGCAGCACUGCCGGCCUCCAAAAAGGUCGGCCAGUCGAAGUCCUCGGGUACCAAUGGCCAUGCAAGCCUCUCGUCCGGCAAACCAAAGCCAGCAAAGUCCAAUGUCGUCGUCUCCACAGUCAAACGUAAAGUGAUACCUCGACCGCCCGUCGGCAAGCCCGCAACUGCCACUCCCUCCUCUCAAGACUCUUCUCGGACCAAUAGCCCAGCAGCAAACGCCCUCCCAGCCGAGGUCAGGGCCAGAAUAGAAGCAGCCAGGGCUGCAGAGCGGGAGAGGGCAAUCGAGCGUGAAGCCGAAGCUCAAGUCAGGCGGAGCGGCAACAAGUCAAAGGGCGACAAGAGGUCGGAUGCUUCGAAGAAGGCCAAGAGGAAUCGAGAGGAAGACUUCAUCGAUUCUGAGGAAGAGACCGGUGUCCGCAACACUGCGAAACCAAAGAAAUCCAGAGCAAAGGCGCUGGCGGACGAAGAGGAUGACGAUAGCCUCUUUGGUUCUGCCGACGAAAGUCGUAGCAGUAGACCACCCGUCUCUCGCAAGCAAUCUAGACAGGCAUUGACGCCACAGCAGAAUACUCCCUCGGCAUACACUUACCUUGGUCGCUCAGGUGUUGUCCAACCGUACCUUGUGCCUCGCAGCAUGGGUCCUGCGGAAGGACAGGAGGAGCCUUCCUUUGCAGAUUUUGUGGCAGAGCAUGGCGAGCCAAAGAGCGCAUCUGCUCUCGUUGCAGAAGCCAUGUUGAAAGGCUCUGGGAAGUCGAGCCGCUGGGGUCCCUUCUUCAAAGACCUUGCUGUCUCCCCUCCACCCCAAUGUACCCUGCACUACCCCGCAGAAGGAGCUCAGGAGGACUUUACUCUCCUCGUUCCGCGAGACAGCGAUGAGUAUGAUCCGAUCUCGGAUCUUCUUCGAAGCGUAUAUGUCAUCGUCAAGCACUACCUCACAGACGAGCAGAGGAAGGAAUUUGGGGAGCUCAGUGAGCUGGAAAUGAACAGCAUGGCCGGUCAGAUUUGGGCUGGCCCCUUGCUCAUCGAUGGUGCGAGCGAGGGAGGCGAGACUCCCGCGAUGAACGGAGGCGAACAAUCGUGCCCAGCUACGCCGGCUCAUCUGUCUGCCCCACCUUCUGCCUUGGGAAAUCUCGCCUCACCUACUGCAGCCUCUAGCUCUGGGGCCACUACCCCUCUGCACACCCCUGGCGGGUCCAGUAACACAGCCUUCGACACAUCUUCUAUCCUUCGAAGCUUCUCCAAGUCGCGCAAUCGCAGAAACGGUCACCUCUUCCUCCACACCGUGACUCGAUUCAACAAUGCCCUCUCCGACCUCCGAGCGAGUGGAGCCUUGUCGAAGAACAUUGCCUCUCUUGGCGAGAGCGGAGUCCCCGAGGAUGUCUGGGGACGUAUCCAAGAUCAAGCCUACGCCCGUUCCGUCGCUCCGCGUGUAGACGAGCUGGCCAGCUACCGGUCGUUCUCCGACAACGUCUAUGGCGAGCUCACCCCGCGCUUCAUGAGUGAAAUCGCUCAGCUCUGCAACCUCACCCCUUCUUCCACACUUGUCGAUCUCGGCUGCGGUGUGGGCAACCUAGUGAUUCAGACUGCCCUACAGGUAGGUUGCGAAAGUUAUGGAGUAGAGAUGAUGCCUACUCCUGCUGAAUUGGGAGUUUUACAGGUGGAAGAGGCAAAGAAGAGGUGGAAGAUGUGGGGUUUGAGAGGAGGGGAGAUGAAAGUCUGGAAGGGAGAUUUCCUCGAGGACGAGCUGGUGCGAGUGCACAUGAGAAAAGCAGACGUGGUCAUUGUCAACAACUACGCUUUCACACCACCCCUCAACGGCUCCCUCUCCCUCCUCUUCCUCGACCUACCCGAGCACUGCAAAAUCGUCUCUCUAAAACCCUUUGUCCCUCCUGAUUUCCGUCUAACUCAACGCACCAUUGGUUCUUCUUCUGCCAUUCUAAGUGUUCAAGAGAGAGAAUAUGGUAAAGGAAUGGUGAGCUGGACGGAGAGGGGUGGAAAGUAUUAUAUUGCCGAGGUGGAUAGGAGUUUGGUAAAGGCAUUCAUUGAGUCGGGGAGUGUGGCGGAGGUGGUGGCUAGUCCUAGGAAGGGGAAGAAGACGGGAGUGGCAGCGGGGAGUGGGAGUGGGAAUGGGAAGAGGGGGUCUGUGGGACCGGAGGCAGAGGUGGGCAGUCAGGAGUAAGGGUUGAUGCAUCUAUCCUUAUCUACCACAUCUGCCUCGUCGUUUCAGCAUGUGCUCCUGUCUAUAGCAUUGUUCUCUACAUGCACUACGAUUAUACACGUUGCUUGUUCUUCCUUGUCGUCACCUGAACCCCAUCCUUCCCUCCUCUCAUUCAACGCACCCGUCAUUGCAUUUCCAUCAAAGCCUCCUUGACACUCUCCGACCCCACGAAUUUCCACCGAUCAUCAUUCCGGCGAAGCGUAUCCGUAAGAGCCCUGAUCUCCUCUUCACCCAUGAAAGCCGACGCUGAUGUUGAGAAGGUCGUGCUCAUGGAGCG